AUGCGCUCAGCGAGAGACCGAUCCUCAGAGCGGGAACGAGUUGCCGACAUCAUGACGGCAUUAUUAUCCUGUCAUCUUAAGGAACCGUUUCUACCAACGACUCUUCCGUUCAGGAUGAUACACUGCAAUGUCAGGAAAAGUUCAGGUCAUGGGCACGAGGAUCCGCGAUUUGAGUGCCGUCGCACAUUUCCCUCGGACCCGGAACGCGUCCAUAGUGCCUUUCAAUCUUGUCCCAAUGACACCUCGCGGGAGGAGCCCAGCCUGGCGCGGGAUCGCGUGAUCUCGUGUGUAUUGCCAGCUCCAUCCGGCUUCCCUUCACGGCUGUGCUUCCAGCACCGGCGUCAAGACAAGGCUCUCCCAGCGCCUUUUUCGUCUCCCAGCGUGCGCUCGUUUGGUCCGCCAAGACCGAAAACGCCAAGAAAAAAACUUUGCAUUCUCCGUGCCUUUGAUCACGUAAUUGAAACUAAAACACAAAGGACACCACCCGACACACACACACACACACACACACACACACACACACCGCUCGCUGCCAAGCCCUCAUUCUCCGCCCUUGCGUUGAAUACGGUUCACGGCACAUGA